AUUUGGACUUCUUUUCUCAUUUAUCAUAUCACUACUUAACAAAUAAUCAUUCAAAAAAAUGAAAGGUAUUAUAUCAUCCUUAGCUUUAUUAGCUACAUCUGCUUAUGCUGCCUCAUCAUCAUCAUCUUACUACACAACUAUUGAAUCUACAAUAAUUUCUACUUUACCAUGCACUUCUGAGUGUUCUGCCUCAUUCUUAGCACCAAAUUCAUUCGUAUACAGUAAUUCAUCAAGUACACAAGAUGCUGCUGUAGCAGCAACUUAUGAUAUUGUGAAUGUUUCACCACUGGAUCCAACUUCUUCAAAUCCAAAAAAGACUAUAUAUGCAUAUGAGACAGAUACCAAUUAUGGUGAAUUUGAAGCUACUAUUACUGUUUGUGACGACGGUAAUUGUUAUGUUACAACUGAAUUAGAAAGUUCUACUACUUUCACAACCACAGUUGAUGGAGUACUUACAGUUAUAGCAACUGCUGUCCCUGUUUCAGAUUCUACACCAUCAUCAAUAGUACCAGUAAUUUCCACUGUAUUUGACGAUCCACCUGCCAGCUCUUCAGAUCCUGCCAGCUUUUCAGAUCCAGCAGAUCCACCAGCAGAUCCACCAGCAGAUCCAGAAACCUCUGAAUCUUUGACAACUUACACAACAACUAUUGAUGGUGUUGUCACUGUUAUUACUACUUACUGUCCAGAAAGUUCAAAAUCUACUCAAGCUGCUGUUGCUAUAUCCACUUCAGAACAACCAGUUUCUGCCACAUCCACCACAGAAACUUCAAUAUCUACCACUGUCAUCACUAUUACUUCAUGUGUUGACAACAAAUGUACUAAUAUUCCUAAGACUACUGGUAUUACUGUGAUUACCGAAGAAAAUACUAUUUAUACUACCUAUUGUCCAUUAUCAGGAGAAACAGAAUCUACUGUUCCUCCAGCUCCAGCUCCAGUUUCUUCUACCACUAGUACUUCUGCUCCAGCUCCAGUAUUCACUACUAUAAAUGUUAUCACUAAUAAUAUAUUUACAGAAACCCCAACAUCUAGCACUUUACAAGUGUCUUCAUCAGCAUCAGAACCUUCUAUAACACUUUCUACAUAUGAAGGUGGUGCUGCUGUGACCGCCAAGGCUACUGGUAUAUUCGGGUUAAUCAUCACAUUAUUAUUCUUAAUGAUAUGAGAUUCUUUAGUUGUUUAAAAUUUUUGGUUUCUUGUAACUAAUUUUCAAGCACUAUAAAUCUACCAGAAAAUUCAAUCAAACAUGUACUAUUAAUAUCAUUAUCUUAAUAAUGUGAUUUCUUCAGUUCUUCUUUACUACCAUAUAUAUAGAG